CCAGAAUCAACACUUCCAAUCCCAAGAAUUCGAAGACAAAAUAUUCACCCAUCAUGAAGUACUGGAGCGCUCUCGCGCUGUUCACCUCUCUCCCCUUGGCGCUUUCGGCUUCCGAGACCCCUGCUGCAAAGAUAGGCCAAACCCCUCAGAAAAAUGCUGGAGGCUGGGGCUGUAUCCAGACUUCCAGCAUCUGCGAAGCGGACAAGGACCAGAGCACUCUACACGAGGAUCCCAAGACGGAUCUUCCAGGACGGAGCUUGCGCGAAGCCCGCUGGAAUGUCAAGCUCCAAAUCGAGAAAGUCUACAGUCCACUAGCUGGUCUAGUAUCGAGUUUUCUGGAGACUACCAGUCAAGUGAGCACGACACAUCCCACCUGUUUGAAGAUGCGUAUUGAUUGGUGUUUAGUUCUCGAGCCGAGUAGCUGUGGACACCACCUCAAGGAUGCCGGGCUGGAAAACCUGCUUCGUGCCCUUCUGGGCCAGUGUUUCGUCCACGACACCAUCACCCUGAACGCGUUUAUUGAGUACUACAUCACCAUUCUCCACCAGGCCAUUGACCUUUACGAGAUUAUCAUCAAGAAUGGGUGUGACAAGCCAGGUCCCAAGCCAGAUCCCAAGCCUGACCCGGAACCUGACACCUGCGAUUCGCCCUGCCAGUGGCUUCCCUUGGAGCUCAACGCACCUAGAGAUCAUCUAUCCUCGACAAGCUCUGGCCACAAACAGUUGCCCAAGCCAAAUACUCUCGCCCCGACUGACAAGUACCCAUUCGAUACGUGGGUGACGACCUUCCCUGACGAUGACCUUGAUAUCUAUGUCAACAACAAGAAGGCCCAGCCAGAUGCAUCUGGAACAGGAUACUUGAUUCCCGGCGGAACCCCGGUCAAGGAUGUAUUCUACAAGUCCUCCAAGGGCGCCGAUAUCCAGUUCUUCGGAGCCUGCUCCAAAGACACACCAUGCGUCAGCGACGAGGUGAAAACCUGGACCAACGAUGCUGUGACGGAACCUGCCCCCACGAAGGACUUUGAUGUCAGCGACUACGACUUCGACCUUGUUUUCACCGUGCAGGAUACUUCAAUCGCCACCGAGCAGUACACGAUUCUCGCUGAUGGCGAGGAAGUCGGUAAGACGCACAGCCGAUUGACCCUGGGCGACGACAAGUACAACACAAAGCACAUUGUCAAUGCCUACGUCGGUGACUACGCUGCUGGCGCUAUCAAUGGUAUCACCCAUGAGGGUUUCUGGGGUUCUUUCAUUAUCCCUAAGGAAACCAAGACGGUGACCAUUGAUAUGGAGUUCUUCAAGAGCGCCUACCCCACCUAUGUCUUUACUUACCGCCUGGACAAGCUUUGCGACUGCUGGGGACAGCGUGCCUGAAUGGGUUGAUGUAUCGAUUAGCAUAUAGGGGGACAUAUGAUUGACGAUGUAUGGCCAGUGGCUGAUUGAGUGGCAGUAGGAGCAAUUCAAGGGGAGGAAGUGCAGUUUAUCUAUAGCAUAUAGCAUGAUAUGGAAAUGAAUACAGUUGGAAAGUGUGAAAAAAG